AUGCCUUGUUGCAUACAGCAUUUUUUAAUUUUACACUUCAUAAUCGGCACUGUACAUCUAAUAUCCACUCAUAACAAAUGUAAAAUUCAUACUUGUCAUUAUUUAUCCUUAGAAUCUGACCUGCCUAAGCAUCGAUUAUAUAAAAAUCUAAAUUUAUUCAUCAAUAUCCCUAAAAUCCAAGCUAAAUAUUCAUACAUCGACACGCUUGUAACGUUAAAAGGCACCAAUUUAUCUAUAAAAUCGAAUGGAAUCAACACAUCAAAUGGUGAAACUAUAUUAUCAAACCAUAUUCCAUUGUCUACAAGGAAUAGAUUAAAUGCAACUUAUGAUAACUAUUACUUAUCAAACACAAUUAAAAAUAUAAAAUCUGACUCCAAAGAGCUGAAUAAAUUAUUUACAUCGACCAUAUCGCAAUUUCAUAAGCUUGGGAAUUCAUUAUACAAAAUAAUUAGUUCAGUCAUUUACAGGACUCAAGUUGUAUCCUUGAUCAUAUCAUAUUUAAUAUACAACUUUUACCUUUCAAAUCUUUAUAUGGCAUUCCCAUUUCAAUUAAUACCAAAUAAUUUAGGCUUAUUUAAUUCAAUUGGGCUUGACACCUUAGCUAGUAUUACCGGGAUGUUAUAUUUUAUUAAAACAAAUGAUUGGGAUAGUUUUAUUGAAAAAAUGACCAAAAAAACAACAAAGUUUGAUCCUUCUAUUAAGAAAAGGAUAUUGCCUGUCACAGGAUUGUUAAUAUCAGUAUACGUUCUAUCAGGGCAUGUGUCAGUUUUCGUUGAAAGGAUUUUACACAUUUUAAAUGAAACUGGAUUUAAUAUAAGUCCCGCAAUGGGUCGCUCUUUGCAAGUUUUUAUCGGCCAUAUUUUAUGGAUAUCUAUAGGAUCCAUUAUAUUAAGUAAAAUGCUUAAUCCAUUCUUCCCCCCCGAAGGCAAAUGGUACUCCCAGAACUUUAAAGAUGCAUGGAUGCCGAAAUCAUUUCUAGGUUAUAUGAUAUCAACAUUAUUAUUUAAUGUCGUGGAUCUAAUUACUACAAGUUUAACAUACUAUUCAUCAAACAUUAAUCACACUCUAGAAAUGGAUGAUAAUGUUGUGACAUCAUUAACCGAUCCCACUGGAAAUGAUGUAGCAGCGAUGCUAGUUGGAUCUUUUGGUCCAUGCGUAACGGCUGCUUGGUGGGAAGAAGUAGUGUAUAGAGGUUUUGUAACAAAAUCAUUGAAUGCGUUCUUGUAUCCAAUGACAUCCAUACCGAUCUCGGCUCUAUUAUUUUCUGCGCACCAUUUAAACGUAUCAAAUUCACCUCACCUUUUCGUUCUAGGAUUAAUAUGGGAAUUGAUAAAUCUUAAGUAUGACAAUCUCAUAAUUCCAAUAUCAAUACAUUCCAUGUGGAAUACUAGAGUAUUUCUAGCAAGUAUUAUUGGAGUGUGA